CAAGUGCAAUCAAGUGCAGUUCAGUGCAGUUCACGCAAAAACUUAGGAAGGAUUCGUCGGUAGUGACGAGUUAUUUGUAAUAAUGAUAAUUUCACGAGGAUUAGGCUUAUUAAAAAUUGCUCAUGGAGUGAGAAUAAGUAGUCAAAGUAAAAUCGUCGCAGCGACGAAUCUGCGUCCCGUUAGACUAUCUCACGGUCACGGAGUAUAUCGCGAUAUCCCACCAGAAGACAAGACGUGGGUAUUUGUAGCUGAGCUUUUUGGAGGUUUUAUGUGGUGGUGGGUGUUAUGGCAUUUCUGGCACGACUUUGGCCACGUUGUGGGAGAGUUUCCAUAUCCGGAUCCAUCUAAAUGGACAGAUGAAGAAUUAGGAAUACCACCAGAUGAUUAUCCUGAGCCCACGAUUCGCAGAAACAUAUAGAUAAUUUUACAAUCGUGUUACAUGUAGGUAAAACAAUACAUUUACUAUUAUACUGAAAUAUACUGCAAAAUUUUAACAUUUACAUAGAAUAAAAGUGUUAUGUUUAUAAAAUUAAAAUAUAAUUAGUUUGUUCUUUA